AUGUCACGUCGAGGUACUGCAGAAGAAAAAACUGCAAAAUCCGAUCCAAUUUAUCGGAAUCGAUUAGUUAACAUGUUGGUUAACCGUAUUCUGAAACACGGAAAAAAAUCAUUGGCUUAUCAAAUUAUAUAUCGAGCUAUGAAAAAGAUUCAACAAAAGACAGAAACGAAUCCACUAUCUGUUUUACGUCAAGCAAUACGUGGAGUAACUCCCGACAUAGCAGUAAAAGCAAGACGUGUAGGCGGAUCGACUCAUCAAGUUCCCAUUGAAAUAGGAUCCGCACAAGGAAAAGCACUUGCCAUUCGUUGGUUAUUAGGGGCAUCCCGAAAACGCCCGGGUCGAAAUAUGACUUUCAAGUUAAAUUCCGAAUUAGUGGAUGCUGCCAAAGGGAGUGGCGAUGCCAUACGUAAAAAGGAAGAGACUCAUAGAAUGGCAGAGGCAAAUAGAGCUUUUGCACAUUUUCGUUAA